CUCCGUAAUUCUCUUGUUAAGGUAGCUUGGUUAACAAAAUUCUGCAUUUCCAAUUCUGCUGUUGGCUUUUGAGCUUCCAGGUUGAGUCUCACAAGCGCGCGUCAUGUGACUUUAGCCGCUAUCGCGCGCUAUCAGUGGAAAAGCUUCAUUGCGAGCUGUCCCGGAAAUUUUCGCUCCAAUUCGACGACCAGAUCAACCACCACCACGCGCCCGCUUCCUUCUCUCGACUUAGAGUCAUCACGAACCGAUAAACUUCAUAUACACGGCCAUAUAAUCAAAAUGCCUCCCAAGCGCAUCCAAGUUGAGCCUCGCGGUCGCCGUGCCCCCAAGGGCUUCAUCGGCUCCACCUAUGACGCUCUUACCUCUCCCGACAACGCCGCUGUUGUCCGCAGCAUUGCCAUCUUCGGUGCUGCUGUGACAUUCUUGUCCAGCUCUUGGGGCGAGAUCCUUCUGCCUCCCCAGUAAAUGACGUCGCAACGAUACACGAUCAAGAAUUUGGAGAGGAGGAAAUCAGUCAUGAGUGGGGAUUGCGCAUCCCUCAUGAACUACAUAAUCGACAUACUUGUACAUUAGUUGGCGUCAGUGUACCUUUAGACAGGAUGGGAUUUCAAGGUUGGCCUGUGCCUGACUUGGGCAUUAUGAUAUAGGCUGUAUAGAAAUCGACAUGGCCGUUACGGCUGGGGUUGGAAAUGAUAAGACGUCUCCCCUACUCCCGUUUGGCCCCUGAGGCUGGGUCGCAUUCUGUGAAGACUCGCCUUUGUUAUGCUAACCACAACAGAUUGCUGGAGACAUUUAUUUCUAAGGGCUUGAGGAUUGCGGUGCAUUGCGAUGUAUUCAAUUGG